AUGAGCAUCGGGUCAGGGGAAGCCAGCUCAGAUAGCAUCCAGGUUCAUCCUGGCCCUGCUGCGGCCGGAUCCACCCCUUCUGCCAACCCUGAGCCCCUACCUCACACACCUACUCCACCACUGCCUUCAAAGCAACAGCAAAGUGCGCUCAUCUCAUCACAGCAACAGCAGAUUCAGCAUCAUCAACAAGGCCAGUUGCCAUCACCACAAGAUGCUUCUUCAACAUCGAUUGCACCCGUGACCACCUCGGCCGAUCCGGCACCAUCGACGCCAGCCACAACACCACCCACAGACCAAGCGCCGCAACGUCCACCGCCUCCUGCCAGCGCUGUCAGUCUGCACGCUGCAGCCGCUGCGGCCAACAGGCAGGCUGGCGCCCAAAGCAAUUCCACAUCCCAGCUCGCUCCAUCGUCCGCAUCCAAUGGAAAGACGGGCGCCGAUAGCGCGCCCAAAAAGGCAGCCAAACCGAAAACCACUAAAGCACCAGGUGCUACUAAACCAAAGCAGAAGAGAAAAGCGAAUCAGGCGGGUGUGAACGAUGAAGUCGUUUAUCGUCCAGCGCUAAGUACAGCCGGCGGCACCAUCGGAGCCGCGCCUGACUCCACCAUACCGGCCAUGCUGAGUGCAGCUGGUGGUGGACGCAAAGCAAUGCCAGAGCUCGUGCUGCCUUUUCAACUGCCUUUCGUUGAUGUUCGACCCGAGAUGCCCAUGCUCGACAACGCGAGCGUACAGGCAGCCAUGGCUAUGGGCGCUUCAGAGACAUCUUCCCUCGACACAGGCAGCGACAGCGACGACUACUCGGUCCUCUCUGACAAUUCAGAUCUGGAUCAGGAAGCCGAGGAGAGUCGUAAAGACGCGCGCAGACGCAAAAGAGAGCCCGCCACCAUCGAAGAGAGUCUUGUCCUUCUGCAGUCGCUACGACAGUCGCGCCUCUCGCAUCUUUCUUCGCUUCUCACUCCUUUCAGUCAACGUGUGAGAUCGGGCAUGAUCUAUCCUAACGUGCUGCCGCUCAGCCUGCUGCAUGGUCUCAAUCCGCGAGACCCCCACGUUCUCAUUCAGCUCGGACGGGCCGACAUCCACGUCGGCCCUCACGUCUUUCUCAAGACCAAGUUCUGGGAGGUGCGUCCCGACUACGAGCUGCCGCCCACUAUGAACACGCUUGGCGGCAUGCAUGCGCCAGGCCCUUACGCCACUUUAUCGGUCUAUCCGCGUUUGCCUGUUCCCCAGCCGAUGGCGCAGCAAUUGCCUCAGCCCCAGCCUGCCAAGCUGCCUCUGCCGCGUGCAGCGCCCAGUCCCGUCGCCCCCCAACCGAGCGUACCGUUGGCUCGGCCGCCCAUUGCACCAAACAAGUCUCCGGUAGCGCGUCCCGCAACAACGUCCACUCCAGCUGCAACCGCAAGCAAUGCCACAAUGCCCGCCACAUUGAAUCCACCUGCAUCCAGGCAAAUCAGCCUGACGACAUCUGCGGUUUUGCCGACACCCACUCUUCCCGCAACACCGAUGCAAAGCUCGACAGCUGUUCGACCUGUAGUCACGCUCAAAGCUGCUAUUCCCGCUCCUGCAACACCCACCGCGUCGACACCGAUGGUCAAGCUGCCUGCAUUGAGCGCCGGCAUCGCUUCAACCCCAACUACGGCUUCAGCAACCUCACUGUCAACAGCCCCAAAGGUCUCAAUUCCCGUUGCAGCUUCGCCACCCGUGUCUGGAUCGACGACUCCCACUUCAGCUAGUUCUGACAGCAAGCCCGCUACGUCCAUCACAACAUCAACAGCCACUCCACUGGCGCCCAAGCCCAUGUCAGUAUCUGUAUCGCUUCCGCGACCCCCGAUGACGACGCCGUCACUGCCCAGACCGCCGAGCAUCAAUCAGAACAACGUCCCGUCGAGUGUCAACCCUGCGACCAGCUCCAGCAGCUCAGCUGCAGGCUCGGCGGCGCCUCGAAAGGCUCUUUCUCCGGUAAGCGCGGCUUCAGCCGAGCAAGGCGGCACAGGAGCCAACGCCAACGUCAACGCGACUCCGUCUGCAGCAUCACCAUUAGCUGCAAAGGUUGCAGCAGCGCCUUUUGAGACCUCUACAUCUACGAAUGCCGCUAGUGCUACUGUGUCGAGCCAGGGUUCGACAGCUGCCAAGCCAGCAGCGCCUACCAACACCAAUGCCAACACGGCCUCUCCACAAGCGCCGUCACGUCCAUCGGGCGUUCCCCCUCCGCCAGCGAUCGAUGCUGUUUUAGUGUCUCGGGUGAAUGCUACCGCAGCGCUCAACCCAGAGCUGCAGGAGCUUCUGCACAUCGCCGCCUCAGGCAAGGCGAAUCCUAAUCAGCUGAAAGCGCUCGGCGUCUGGAUCCAAGCCAUUACGGCUCAGCUCAGACAAGACGAGGCUCGCAACGCGGCUGCUGCCGGCAAUACAGCGGCAGCAUCGGGCUCUCGCGCUGGUAACACGGCAUCGACCACAGCAGAAGGGAAGAAGUCGAAGAAGAGCAAGGUAGACGAAGCUGCCAAAGCUAGCAAGAAACAGGCCAAGAUUGAGGAGCGCGAAGCCAAGAAGAAGGCCAAGGCCGAAGCUAAAGCAAAGGCACAGGCGGACAAACAGCAGGCACAGAAGCAGCAGAAGCAAAAGCAAGCGCAUGCACAACCGCAGCAGACGCCACAACAGCAGAAAACGCAGCAAACACAACAUCAGCCGCCGGUCUCCAACAAGCUGCGUCAUCCUCCGCCUGGCUGGCCGACCGACGGACCACCUAAGCCGCCCGUCAUCAUCGUCGAGUUUCGAGAGAACCCGAGCAUGCGCUUCAUCCUGCCCUUGUGGAAGUGUCUGGUGGAGCGUACCGAGGGCGUCGAGCGGCCAUCAUCGCCAAAGGUGAAAAAGGAGAGACGUAGCUUUUUUGACAACGACUCGGAUGACGAGGAUAGCCCAAGGAUCGAGCCUGAACUGAAACUGAGUUUCUUCGCGCCUUCGCUCGGUUCAGAUGCCGCAGAUGGAAGUGGAUUGCGCGAGCUUGAAGAGGAGUUGAAGCGCAAGGCUGCCGAGGAAGCCAAGCUCAAUGCCGCCAGUGCAGCUUCGACGGGAGGGCAGGGUGAUGCUGCGCGCUCGUCUGCAUCGCCCGAGGCCGCGUCUGCUGCUGUCGCCAGUGACAAGGCCGUCGACGACAGUACAAGCUCGCAGGAAAAGAAGAAAAAGGGAGGACCAAGUGAUGGCAGCAGCAAGAAGGGCAGCAAAGCGACCAAUCAGGCGUCUUCCGAUGCGAGCCUUUCGUCGGACUAUUCGCAGAGCAAGAAGCACGAAGUCUAUCCACUCACAUGGAGCAUCAAGGGAGGCGUUACUGAGAGUCUCUGGGAGGCUUUUGGUCGUGUGCCUGGCACGAUGACGUGUCAGCCGGUGAAACGCGAACCCGAGAUCGAGCUCGAACCGGACGUGGCCGAAUUUCUGGUGCCCGAAAUUCGAUACCACCUGCUCGACCUGCCCAUGGAAGAGAUCAAGAUUCACAAGGAGACGACUGACACGUUUGUGGAUCUGUACAGCCAGAUGCCCGAUCGACGCUUUAUCCUGCCACGUGUGGCUCCUGCGCUCCUACCCGCAGGCCUCGAGGACCAUCUUCACGAUCGGUUUGCGGUUCGCACCCAGUGCGUGCAGGACCGACCGAUAGUGAAGCGAAAAGCGGGUGCACGUGAAGACGACGUAAGCUUCUCGUACGAAGGCAUCGGUCUCACCGUCAUUGGACCCAAUGGGGUCAAGACCGAGCCUGGCGCCACGGCACCGCCCAAGCCGCCGAAGCGUAAGCGACACGUUGCAACGCACAACCCGGAUGGGUCGAUCAAGAGUUGUGGAGCGUGUGGCAAGACCAAGACGCCCAUGUGGCGUCGCGGACCCAAGGGACCAUCGCAGCUGUGCAAUGCGUGUGGUGCGCGAUGGAAGGCAGGUCGCCUGGUGGUCCCUGAAGUGGCGCCUGCACCGAUCAUCGAAGCGGAAGAGGACAAGUCCAAAGAGGAGGAAGCCCGCAAGGAGGAUGAGGUGCAAGCAUCGAUGCACGGUAGCAACGCGCUGGUGAUUCCACAAAGCUCGGGCGCUGACGAUGCUAGCUACACGGUGAUGGCUUCGAAUGGACUGGUGGGAGCUGCUGCGUUUGGCGACCACUUCUCGUUGUCUUCAAAAGACGAAAGUGGGAUAGACUUUGGAGCAAGCCACCUGAGCCGUGGCUCAUCGAGUCCGAGCCCAUUCAUCCGAUCGCCCAUCCCUGAAGACGAUGUGAUGCCCGCAUCGGUAGAUCCGAGCAUGCUUUCGGGAUCGAAUCGCGUUUUUUCUCAUCGCCGAUGA